AUGACACAGAGAUUUGAAAGAUUGAACUUCAGGUUUGAUGAAAUGCAAGAUAGAAUAAAAAGAGUUGAACAAAGGGAGCCACAACCGAGAAUUUCAGAACAUCAAAAUGAAGAUGACACCAAUUCUACAGUUGAUAUGAGGCAGAAUGAACGUCGAAAUGAAGGAAGAAGAGUGCGUAAUGAAGAAAGGGUUGAUAAUAACCUAGGAAGUAUCAAGAUGAAGAUUCCAUCUUUCCAAGGCAGAAAUGAUCCAGAAGCUUACUUGGAGUGGGAAAGAAAGAUGGAGUUGGUAAAACUGACUGCUAUAGAAUUUUCUGGUUAUGCUAUUGUUUGGUGGGAUCAAUUUGUGACAAACAGGAGGAGACAUGGUGAAAGACCCAUUGAAAUAUGGGAGGAAAUGAAAGCUGUCAUGAGAAGGCGAUUUAUUCCAAGUCACUACCGUAGCGACUUAUUUCAGAAAUUACAAAGUCUCACACAAGGUUCUAAAAGUGUUGAAGACUAUUUCAAGGAGAUGGAGACAGCCAUGAUUCGAGCCAAUGUAGAUGAAGAUCGUGAAGCUACUAUGGCCAGAUUUUUGCUUGGCUUAAAUCGGGACAUUGCAAAUGUAGUAGAAUUACAACAUUAUGUGGAGUUAGAUGACAUGGUGCAUAUGGCCAUAAAGGUGGAGAGGCAACUCAAAAGGAAGGGUACCAUGCGUAUGGGGCAUAAUUCAACUUCUCAUUCAAGACCAACAUGGAAUAAAAAUGAAGAGAAGCCUCAUUUCAAAUCUCCAGUUAGUUCCUCUAAAACAAACCAAGUUGUAAACACUUCCAGCCAAGGUGAAUCUGAUAAUGAAUCCAUGCCUUCUUUAGAAGAUGCAAGUGAUAUUGAAUUACCAGUUGAAGGAGAGCUUUUAGUGGCUAGAAAAGCUCUUAAUGUGCAAGUUAAAGAAGAUAAGGAGUUGCAGCGAGAAAAUAUUUUUCAUACUAGAUGCAAUGUAAAGGACAAGGUGUGUUCCAUGAUUAUUGAUGGAGGAAGUUGUACAAAUGUUGCUAGUACUAGUUUGGUGGAGAAGUUAAAUUUAGCAACUAUGAAGCAUCUUAUACCAUAUAAACUACAAUGGUUGAAUGAUUGUGGAGAAAUCAAGGUGAACAAGCAAGUAGUAGUUCCAUUUUCAAUUGAAAAUUAUAAGGAUGAGGUGUUAUGUGAUGUUGUGCCAAAGCAAGCUGGGCAUAUUCUCUUAGGGCGUCCAUGGCAGUUUGAUAGAUGUGAUUUUGAGGAUGUGUUCCCUGAAGAAAUACCCGAUGGUUUACCACCAAUAAGGGGUAUAGAGCACCAAAUUGAUUUCAUACCAGGGGCAACAAUUCCAAAUAGGCCAGCAUAUAGAACCAACCUUGAAGAAACAAAGAAGCUCCAAAGGCAAGUUAAUGAGCUUAUGCAAAAGGGGCAUGUGCGUGAGAGCAUGAGUCCAUGUGUUGUUCCAAUAUUGCUUGUGCCUAAGAAAGAUGGUUCUUGGAGGAUGUGCGUUGACUGUCACACCAUCAACAAUAUCACUGUAAAAGAUGUUCAACGCAUCAAUACCGUAGAGAAUUAUGUCAAGGAAUAUGUUACCAGGAACGAUGCUGUGGUCAGAAACAUUGAAUCUCACCUGGGACAGAUAGCUGCUAGCCUCAACACCAGAACACCAGGAAAACUGCCAGGGGACACUGAAGUUCCCUCAACAUCCUCCCUAGAAGAGAGAGAGGGGUCUAAGUUAGAAGAAAUCAAGAAAAAGGGAACAUUCCCUGACUUAGGAGAUAAGGAUAUUAGGGACACCUGUCCCUGCUGA